UGAGUGUAUGUGGUUUGUGUGUCUCUUGUCUCUGUCUGUCCCCAUCAACACACUCUGUUCUCUUUAUCCCCCUACCCCCACUGCACCCACCCCUCUUUCUCUCUCUCUUUUUACUGUUUUUUAUGUUGUCUAAAUUCUAAGCAACCCUCCUAUUCGCUCCUUCUCUUCAAGUAAAAUCACAUUUCUUUUUUCCCUAUUGCAUUGAUCUGAUAACAUGGAAGCUCGGCUUUGUAUUUUCAUGUCAAAACCUUUAUUUUGAAGAACGAGAUUCGGGGAAAAGUUAGCAUUUUUAUUUGUUUGGAGGUUAAGAAUAAGGGAGAAUGAUUAAUAUUAUGAAUCCAGUAAACAAACCUAUGAAUGAAGUGGAGAAAGGAUUGGAUCCUCAGUUAUGGCAUGCCUGUGCUGGUGGUAUGGUCCAAAUGCCACCACUGAACUCAAAAGCCUUUUACUUUCCUCAGGGACAUGCUGAACAUGCCCACAAGAAUGUUGAUUUUGGGGUUUUCCCUAAAAUUCCACCACUUACUCUUUGUAGAGUGUCAUCCAUUAGGUACUUGGCUGAUACUGAGACUGAUGAGGUCUAUGCCAAGAUAAGAUUGAUUCCAUUAAAAGGCAACGAAUGUGAUGUUGAAGAUGAUGCUGGAUUUCUAGGGCUUGAUAAGAAUGAGAAUCAAGAGAAACCUAAUUCAUUUGCCAAGACAUUGACACAGUCUGAUGCUAACAAUGGUGGGGGGUUUUCUGUGCCAAGAUAUUGCGCUGAGACCAUAUUUCCACGGCUGGAUUACUCGGCUGAGCCUCCUGUCCAGACCAUUUUGGCUAAGGAUGUUCAUGGGGAGGUUUGGAAGUUUAGGCAUAUUUAUAGGGGGACACCAAGGCGGCAUCUUUUAACGACUGGAUGGAGCAAUUUUGUGAACCAGAAGAAGCUUGUUGCAGGGGAUUCGAUUGUGUUCUUGAGGGCGGAAAAUGGGGAUCUCUGUGUUGGGAUCCGGAGGGCGAAGAGGGGGAUUGGUAGCGGACCAGAGGUGCCCUCCGGAUGGAAUACUGGACCAGGGAAUUAUGCCUCUUCACUGUAUCAUGGGUUUCCUGGGUUCUUGAGUGAAGAUGAGAAGAAGUUCAUCCGAAAUGGUCAGGCAGCAAAGUCUGAUGAUGGUAUAAGGGGAAAAGGUAAAGUUAGAGCUGAAUCUGUCGUUGAAGCAGCAAAACUUGCUGCCUGUGGCCAGCCAUUUGAGGUGGUUUACUAUCCCCGAGCAAGCACUCCGGAGUUUGUCGUCAAGGCCUCUGCGGUAAGAGCUGCAAUGAGAGUCCAAUGGUCUUCUGGGAUGAGGUUCAAAAUGCCUUUCGAGACAGAAGAUUCCUCAAGGAUAAGCUGGUUCAUGGGGACCAUAUCUUCUGUUCAUGUUGAGGACCCCAUCCACUGGCCAAAUUCUCCAUGGCGCCUUCUCCAGGUGCAUUGGGAUGAGCCAGAUUUGCUUCAAAAUGUGAAGAGAGUGAGUCCAUGGUUGGUUGAAUUGGUAUCAAAUAUGCCUCCCAUCCAUCUCUCUCCGUUCUCACCCCCACGAAAGAAGUUGAGGCUUCCACAACCCCCUGAAUUUCCCAUGGUUGGGCAACUCUCGAUGUCUUCACUUCUCAACAACCCUUUAAGCCCCAGCAGCCCUUUGUGUUGUAUAUCGGACAACAUUCCUGCAGGCAUACAGGGAGCCAGGCAUGCUCAGUGUGGAUUA